AUGGCGAUGACGAUGGCUGGCCGUGUGCUGCUGGUGUGUGCCCUCUGCGUGCUGUGGUGCGUUGCCGGCGGUGUUUAUGCGAGGGACGUUGACACCAACGCACUGGGUGGCUGCAUGGCGUCGGGAGUGUUGGGUGAGAAUGGAUCCCACAUGCCUGACGGAUGCAAUAAAACUGCGAUUACGGUGCCUUUGCGGUCAGUACUGCCCAUUACUGCCGUUGAAGCCUCGGCUGGAGAAGGUUCUCCUGAUGGUGGUGCUGGCGCUGCCGGGGCUUCUGGUGAUCGUGGUGCUACUGGUGAUACUUCUGGCAGUGGAGGUCCUUCUGCUUCUCCUGCUCCUCCUGCUGCUGCUGCUCCUGGUGGUUCUCCUGGUGGUGGUGCUCCUGGCGGCAGUGGAACUUCUACUGGAGGUCAUGGCACCGGUGGCAUUCCUCCUGCCGGUUCUCCUACUGUUCCUGCUGCUCCUGGUGUUGAUUCUUCAGCUGGCAGCAGUGGUGGUACAGCGGGGUCCUCAGGCAGUAAUCCAUCUAACACAACAGGGGACUCUUCAACAGAAGAUCAGUCGUAUGCUGCAGCAGAGGCUAACGACACCUCGCUACCCGAAGGACAGGUAGGAACGACAUCCGGCACUGGACACACACGACAAGAAGAGGAAGAAGAAGAGGAAGAAGAAAAUGAAAAGCAGCAGCAAAGUGAUGAAGCACAAGUCCAACAACAUCAACAGCAUGAACACCCCGCGGAAAACGGCGAAGAAUCAGCGAAAGACAAAAACGCCCUUCGUACAAAUGCCACCGCAAAUACAGGCGACAGUGACAGCAGCACCGCGGUCUCCCACACCACCUCCCCUCUUUUGCCUCUUCUUCUUGUUGCUUGUGCUGCUGCGGCUGCGGUGGUGGCCGCGUGA